AUGCCUCUGGAAGCUUUACCACCAGAGCUGCUGACCAUGAUCCUGAAAAACACCAACUCGCUUCGCAAUCUCCGAAGAUUGAUCUCAGCAUCACCAGCCUGUCUGCGCGUCUUUAACUCCGCAUCGAAGCAUAUUCUACUAACCGUCAUCCGGAAGGGCAUACCGCCACGCGUCUUGAAGCGCCUCGAUAGGCAUUUGAAACGGCAGGCAUCCGAGACGCAACGACUUGGCUUAUCAUUGGAUGACCAGACCGACGGCCUCUCACCUUCGGAGUAUAGCGAUAGCGCUAAAACAAGCAUUUGGUACUAUCGACGCUAUAGACUCUAUGAACGUCUGUCCUAUCUGAUCAAACGAUACACGACUCGUUUGAAGGGACUCGGUAUUGAUACCACCACAUUCAUCUCCGCUCCCCACAAACCUACAAACCUCGAAAAAGUGUCCUUACGCUACGAUACCCUCACCUUCGACCCAGUCGAGGGGAUAGUCUCUACUUCAAAGAAGCCUCUCCCCUGUGACCUCUAUCACGCAGUCAUCGACUACAACGUUUUUCUGGCUCGUCUUGGCCUUCGAGAUGUUGAGAAACUCGUUUGUGCGGAGCUAUAUGCUUCUUUAUUCAAACAAGGCUCUACCUUACCGAUGAGUAGGAAUGAGUGA